AUGGUUCAAAACAAGGGACUCAUCUUUACAGACGUCCCGGUCGGCUGGCCAAAGAUCGGGAAAGAUCUCAAGGUCGAAACCCGGGAAUUCGAUCUCGAACAAGCACCGCCAGCAGGCGGCAUCACCGCCAAAGUGCACUACAUCUCCUUCGACCCCUACCAGCGUGGCCGCAUGCGCAAGCCCGAAGUCAAGAGCUACGCGCCACCCUUCGAGCUGAACAAGCCUGUGACGAACAGCGGCAUCAUCACCGUGAUCAAGAGUGACAACAGCAAAUUCAAGGCCGGCGACGUCCUCUAUGCGCCCAACACCUACACAGAAGAGUACAAUGCCCUCGAGGCCGGCCGCGCCGACGCCUGCAAGGUCCUCGACAACCCCUACAACAUCGACCCCAAGACCUUCGUCGGCGCGCUGGGCAUGCCCGGUCUGACGGCAUACAGCUCCUUCUACGCCAUCGGCGAGCCCAAGAAGGGCGAGACGAUCUUCAUCUCGGCAGCGUCCGGCGCCGUGGGCCAACUGGUCGGACAGCUCGCCAAGCACGAGGGGCUCAAGGUCAUCGGCAGCGUAGGCGACGACAAGAAGUUGGAGUACAUCACCCAGGACCUCGGCUUCGACGGCGGCUUCAACUACAAGACGGAGAAGCCGCUCGAGGCGCUCCAGCGGCUCGCGCCGGACGGCAUCGACAUCUACUACGAGAACGUCGGCGGCGAGCAGCUCGAGGCGGCCAUCUCCCACAUGAAGGACUUCGGCCGGAUCAUCGCCUGCGGCAUGAUCUCGCAGUACAACGCGACCGAGCCGUACGGCGUCAAGAACCUGAUGAACGUCGUGGCCAAGCGCCUGAAGAUCCAGGGUUUCAUCGUGGGCGACAAGAACAUGGGUCCCGUCUACGCAGCGGAGCACCAGAAGAACAUCCAGAAAUGGAUCCACGAUGGGAGCUUCAAGGUCAAGAUGAGCGUCACCGAGGGCAUCGAGAACUCCGCCGAGGGUCUGCUGGGCAUCUUCGAGGGCAAGAACUUUGGCAAAGCGGUCUUGGUCGUGAGUGAACUGAAGCAGUAA